UCUUUGUCGUUGCUGUACUUGUAGCUGCUUGCCGUCCGCUUCAAUAACAAUACACUCGAUGCUCUACCAGCGUGGCUCACAUCAAAGGUCAGCCGAUUUUCCUCUGUUUUUUCUGGAGUGUCUCGAAAUUUCUUCUGACAACGUAACGAAUAAGAGGCAGCAUGGAGGAAGAGGAGCACUUUGUAAACAUAGACCUAAAUGAUGACAACAUCUGCAGCAUCUGUAAGCUAGAGACAGAGACAGGAACGCUUUCUUUCUGCCAUGUGUGCUUUGAAUUGAGCAUAGAGGGUGUAUUAUCCAGUGGCACAUCAAAUCUCUACAUGGGCAUAGGGACUGCUUCGAGAAGUACCAUCUUAUCUCUAAAUCUAUCCUCAUAUCUGUUUCUACCAGGUGUAUCCAGUGCCACUCUUCUGCACUCCAAAUCGCUACGUGGGCAUAGGGACUGCUUCGAGAAGUACCAUCUCAUCGCAAACCAGAAGCUCUCGCGCGCCAAGGACUCCCACGGUGCGUACGAAGGCGUGAAACGGGCUCUGAGCCAGCGAAUCAACCGCAUUAUACAAUAUGCCCAGAACAGAGACUCUGUAUCCACAGAGACACCUGGGCGCUGGGGGCACAAACAGAUUCUGUGCCACACCCAACAGGCAGGAAGAAAGCUUGUGCCCCAAUCCGACUCCCAGGUGCCCCGCUACGCCCCACGAUGGGCAGAGGAGGCAUCAAUGGCCGAGUCGGAAUAUGGUAAAACCAUGCUCGACUGCCACUCCGCUGAGGAGCUCGGUCUCGGUCUACUGCAGAGCUCACACGGGGGAUUGUGGGCUGGAGAGAGACGACACCAACAAGAACAGCAGAACGGGAAUCAGAUGGACAGCGGAAGACAGAGAAGACACAUGGGAUACAGCCGUGAAGACUUGCUGAGGAUGAGUGUGGAAGAGCUUCGUCAGUUGAACGAGCAGCUGCUGCUACAGAUACAAAAUGUUUUUGAGGAGCUCUCCGUAGCUGUCCAGGAAAAGGACUCUCUUUCAUCGGAGCUGCAUGUGCGACACAUAGCCAUUGAGCAGUUAUUUAAAAACUGUGCCAAGCUGCCGUGGCUCCAGAUCGGGAGAGCGGGGGUCAAAGCUACCAACAGCCCAGUGGAAUGAGAGCUUUUAGGGACACCAGAGACUCAAUCUCCACAUGGACACCAGUGCGAGUGUGCUUAUGAGAAUUUAAGGUCACCGUGGUGUCUCAACAGAAGAUACAGACUUUGGAAAGCUCCAGUGUUUCUAUGCAGUCUGAGGUGUUUUAAAAACCUCAACUUAUUUAAUUUUUAAUUUUUAUUUUUGUUCUGGUUACAUUUCGUGUGCGUCUCACGGUUUACACUCCACACUUGGUCAUUUUAGGUGGUUUAUAGACUUGGAUUAGUCUCACUAUGUUCCUCUCGCACAUUUGGGCUUGCUGAUUGGAUGUGGUGUUGCUGUGGUAACUGUUGCUUAGUUAACAGUUUUCGUCUUCCCUCUGCUCAUUUUAGUGGAACUUGUUAAUGACAGUGGAGGGUUGGUCCACUACUCCAAGAUAUGCUUAUUUCACAGCACACCUUACAGUGGAAGUUUACAUUUUUGUUACUGCACUCGAAGGCAUGGUGCUAGUGUUUAGCUUGUUUGAUAUGUUAACAUUUCACAGGUGCUUUUACCCCAUCAAAACAUGCAUUUUGUUUAUUAAGAUUUAGGAGAAAUUGCAAAGUUUCUACUGAUGUGGUUGGUUAAUCACUUAACGUUCACACAGAAAUGAAAGUUUGUCAUGUUGUUUCAAAUCCAUGUGACUCUCCUGGAAAACACAAAAGGAGAUGUUUCGCAGGCUGUUACGCACACGUGCUUUCUUUGGAAGACAGAAAGACAAAUGCGGGUUGGUAAUGACAAUGAAGGAGAGUAAAUGACCCUUUAAGCACAGAUUUUGGAUUAACUUGAUGUUUGUAAUAUCAGAACGAUCUCUAACCAGGUGAAGAAGAAGAAAGUGAACCAAAGGCUUUGUUAUUUCAGUAUUUAUUUUGCUUUUACAAAUAUUUUAAACCUAACAUGCUAACUAAUCAGCAUAUUCAUUUUGUAAGUAUCCACAUUCUCAACUAUUUUGAGUGGCUUUUCUUUCUGCAGUAUUUCCCCUUUUAUGUUUGUAUAGAUUUUUAUUUUUUGGCUGUGUUUGGGGUUUACACAUAAACUGACAAAAGAAUUGGGGAAAUGUGACUUUCAGAUCAGAUUCUAUUGCCAUCUGGUGGGCUUUCAAAGAAUCGAACCUUCUUGCAUUGAUGCAUGCAUGGCGUAGUAUCUACUAUUCCUAGAAUCUAAAACAAUUUUAAAAUGUUGCAUUAUUUUGAAAUCAACUAGGUGUAUUCAAAUUAUCAACUCUCUUUAUAAGAGAUACUAAUUAAACUUGACCCCAUUGGGGUAUCUAAGACAAGGUUUUUGAAAUAUGUUAUUUUUAAUGAUUAAGUAUAUGUAAUGUAUUCUGUCAAUCUGGAAGGAUAUGGCCUGAGAGGUACAGUUGUCCUCCUUAUCAUUCCUGCUGGGCGUAAUAAUGGAUGAACUGUGGAAAAGAAGCAAUAUGGAUCCUUCAUUCGUACAAUUAAAAUGUAAAAUAUGUUUUCUUUUAUGGUUUACCCUGUUUGUUUGUCAUACAGGAGUAACAAAAAAAAAUUAUGCGCACUGCCAAAACGACUUUAUUCUCUCGCUGCAGAGAAAGACAAUUUCAUGCUUGACUGUCUCCAGUGUGUUGAAAAUGUAGGCUAUGCAUUUAGAUGUUGACUGGUUUAUGUUGGAGUAAAUUGUGUUAUUCAUUCUUUUAUGUUUAUUCAUUGCUUGUACUAUUAUUUUGGCAUUUUAAACAAUGCUUUUUUCAGUGGCCUGUGUUCUGUGACAUUUCAAAUGGUGUAUUCAAUACUGUUUUCUUUUUCUGUAGGAUAGAAGAAUUUUGUUUGAAGUGAUGUGCACAUUUUAUUUAAAAAAAUGAAUAAAAAUAUUUUUCCUUAA